AUGGAGGCUCGCAUCUUCAAAGAACACCAAAUCAAUGAGAAAGAUGUUUCUGCUGUACGUGUCCUCACUUCGUUGCCAUAUUCGUUCUGUCACAAUAUUAUCAACAAACUACGGCAAGACCACAAAACUGACGAGUGCAAAAAGGAGCAGUCUAGUUCUGGUCCUUUUAUGAUGAUUUUCGGAGGCCUGAUGCUGUUGGGUGUUGGACGGUAU